ACACCCAGCUGAAUCAUUCCGUCAUUUCAUCCCAAGCAUUGAUUUAUUCAUUGUCCAGUCUCGAUAUUUGAGUAUAUUAUAUUAUAUUAUCAAAAUGACCGAGCCAAUCGCCCCAAUCGAACAACAACAGCAAAAACCCACACCGGAAGCAGACACCCAAGCAAUUUCAAAUACCCAAGUCAACCUCCCCCGAAUAACAAUCAAAUACUGCACACAAUGUAAAUGGAUGUUAAGAGCUGCAUAUUUCGCCCAAGAACUCCUCUCAACCUUCAGCACAACCCUAGGCGAAGUCUCCCUGAUUCCUACGACGGGGGGUACGUUUACGGUGUCUGUUUUUUAUACAUCCGCAUCAUCUGGUACUCCCCGUACUACUACUUCCAGUGCUGAAUCUGACCUCUCCAUCCGCGAGAAUGUGAUUUGGGAUCGGAAGAGGGAUGGAGGCUUUCCUGAAGUCAAAGUUCUUAAAUCUCUCGUGCGGGAUAUUGUUGAUCCUACACGGGGAUUGGGACAUACGGAUCGGGCUUUGAAGAAGAAUGAGGGUGUAUCGACAUCUACUGCUCCUGCAUCCACGGGAACAUCUAAUGAAAAGAAGGAAUUUUGUACGGAUUGCCAGUAGCAUGGUACAGUGUACAUACUACACACUACAUGCCUACUAUACCUACAGUGAAUCAGGGAAUUCAAAGAAAUAAACCAUGAUAUCAACCAUACUGUACAAUGCAAUGCGAGUUCCCCAACGCCCUCAAGCCGCAAUUCUAGAUAGGUAUGGUAUAUACUAUAUACAAAACAUCAACCCGAACCAAGCCUGAACUACUACUUCUCGCCAUUAGAAUCUCAAUUCAACCCAGGUAAAAUCACAAAACUUCAAAAUUGUGUCAACUCCUUGUCCACAGGAGUUAAAGCCGCAGCACAGAAGGCAAUAACCACCUGAUGCAGAGUUGACGACGAUAAAGCUCUUUGACUGUCUGAAGAAACCCGAUCUGAUGCAGAUAUUCCAUGUCAUUAGACGUCAUCCAUCGUCUGAUGUGGCCAACAGGAGACGUCGGGUCCAUUCGAAGGGGGCUCCACUGGAAGGUGGAUAGGGGAACGUCAAUGAUCAGACCCCAAAAGCUCCAGCUCCAGUUGAGAAGAGAACCCACCCCAACAAACCAGGAUGCAUAUCAAUAAACACCCAAAGGAUCGUAAAUCAUUGCAACCAUCGUAAAUCAUUGCAACCAUCGUAAAUC